GAGGAUGCCAGCGGCAGUAGCUGUGCGAUUCGGUCAGCUGUCCUGAUUUUGUUCCCUCGGAGAGAUGGGCUUCGGCGAUGCGAGCGCCAAAGAUAAGAAGGCAGCAGCAGCGAAAGCCAAAGAUGAGGCAGCAAAAGCUGCAGCUGAAGAUGCUUCUUGGCAGGACACGGACAAAGGUGUUCAGAAAAAAGCACAACGAGCUGCUGAUGCGGCAGCUAAGGCUGACGCCAAGUUAGCUGCAAAGGCAGAGCUGAAGGAGCUGGAAAGACAAGAAGAAGAAGCGACUUCCCAAAUGAAGGGAGCCAACAAGAAAGCCAGCGGCUACCCGAAGGUGACGCAAGCUGAGAUUGCCAGAAGACAGGCGCUGAUGGGCGCCGUGGCAAAGGCAAAUCCCAAGAAGCAGAGCAAAAAGACUGAGGUUGUGUCGCAACCAAAGUUGGAAGCAAACACCAACCGCCAGGAGGACGUGGUGGAUGCCAGCGGCAUUGAUGCAGCACUGAGUGCCCUGGAUGUGGGGGAGAAGAAGCAGGUGAAGAUGACAUAUGCAGAGUUCGAAGCUCGAGAGCUGGAUGGCAUCAGACAGGAGAAUCCUGGAUUGAAGAUGUCUCAGGCCAAGGUGGGUGACCUUCGUGGAAAACGCUGAUCCAGUCGCAAGAAAGGAUAGAAAGGCCCAGGUGUAGACAAACUGUGAGGUGACAAUGUGUGUUUUCCGUUGCACGGAGCAUUGCCAUUCUGAGGAACGCUGCUUCAAGAUGUGGGAACGAUCCCCAGAGAACCCCAAGAACCAGGACAAAUAAUUCUGUCUUGGGCUGUUUUCCCGGGCCAUUUGGGGAUCUUUGAGAAAGAUUUUCUCCAGAAUCUGGAUGAAAUCUUGAAUCCCAUCAAUUGUUUCACCCAAAAAGACAAAACACAAAUUAUAUCCAAAAGACUUAUGUAAAA